AUAAUAUAGACAUCGCCUCAUAAAUUGAAAAUCAUCAUUGCAAAUCGAAGUGGUGGGUUCAGAUAAACAUCCUAUAGAUGACAUAUAAAUAGAAAUAAAUCAACCACAAGACAGAUAAAAAAGAGUUUGGAAAGUAAAAUAGUUUUAUCAAGCACAAGAAAAAGUAAUAAGCAGAUUCCUACACAUCCAAGAUGCUUUGCUUGCAUGCCUGAUGGGAAGUUCCAUUGCUAAUACCAGAAUCUCCUUCUUCACAGGGACCAUUAAUCAAAUGCAACUUGUGCAGUAUCAUCAAUGUGCAUACACAGUGUCAUUUCGUCUGGGAGGUCUAUCAGGAAUGGAGCCGGGUUUAAACUUGGAGGCCUCAUGCCUGGCAAGCUCUGGAGGGACAGGACUAUUGCUCUGAAUCAGCAUUUGCUUGAGAUCAUAAAAGACUUCAGUGUCAUGCAGAGUCAAAAAUGUUGUAGCUACACCAGUCUUCCCAGCACGACCCGUUCUUCCAAUACGGUGAGUAUAUGCUUCAAUACUGUUGGGCAUGUCAUGGUUUAUCACAUGUGCCACAUCAGGUAUAUCGAUACCACGUCCAGCUACAUCUGUUGCAACCAGUACAUUGUAUCUCUUAGUCCUAAAACCUUCGAGGCUGAUUUCUCUUUGCUCCUGUGACUUCCCACCGUGCAGUGUGGUUACCCUGUAACCCUCUUUAUCCAAAGUUUUUGCAACAUUAUCAGCAACUUUCUUUGUGUUAACAAACACGAUAGCUGUCUUGUCACCGAGCUCGUCCAACAGUAUCUUCAACCUAUCCAUUUUGUCAUUCUCCCGCAUCAUAAUCACGUGUUGGCUGAUGAGAUCAGUUGCCUUCCCUGCAGUGCCGAUAUUGACCACAACUGGAUUCCUCAAGUACUUCCUUGCGAGCCGCUCCACGGCAGGUGGCAUGGUAGCACUAAACAUGUAAGUUGUUCUGUAUAUCCUCCUCUCAUCGAGCUCCUCAUCCUCAUUUUCCGGCUUCAUAUUACUCGAAGGCAUCGCAUCUAAUACACCAACCACUUGGGGUUCGAAACCCAUGUCGAUCAUGCGAUCAGCCUCGUCAAGAACAACAUAAUUACACUGGUUCAGAACAACAUAUCUUCUCUCCAGGCAAUCCAGAAGACGCCCGGGCGUGGCAAUCACAACCUCACAUCCCUGCCUAAUCUUAAACCCUUGUUCCUCUAUGGACUGCCCACCAACAAUAGAAACCACUUUGAUCCCCAUGUAGUGAGCGAAUUUGGUGGUCUCGUCCUCAAUCUGCUGAGCAAGCUCUCUGGUCGGUGCCAUCACAACUGCGUAGGGCCCCUCGGCUUCGUUCUCCUCGCUUAUAGGGGGCAGUCUAGUUAUGUAAGUCAGCAUAGGAAGAACAAAGGCGGCAGUUUUACCUGAUCCAGUCUCCGCAAUGCCAAUCACGUCCCGCUGCUGAAGGCCAAGAGGAAUGGCGGCCAUCUGAAUCGGGGAAGGAGACUUGUAUCCUGCCCUCUCCACCGCCCUCAGCAACUCAGCGCUCAACUUGCUUUCAGCCCAGUUCCUCAUGGGACGAGGGAUCCUAGAGCCCUUGUAAGAGAUGUUGAAAUCUUCCCUGAAAAUCCUCCAAUCCCUCUCGGUCAUCUCCUCCAGCUUCUUGUCCGACCAGUGUCGAUCCACCCUCAUGUCAAAGGAGUUCAUAUCGCGGGAGGUGUCCUCGGUGUUCUCCCAGUCAAACGAGAAUCGGAACUUCUCGCUCGGCUUAAUCACCCUCUUCUUCGGCUUCUUAGACCCCAGAUACUGUUCCUUUAUCGCGGUAAGCUCAAUCUCGCGUUCCCUCUCAGCUAAUUUCUCCAGGCGAGCACGCUCCCGGGCCUUGUGUUCGUCCUCGCGUUCUCUGUCACGGUUCCGGCGCUCUGAAUCGCGGUCGCGGGCCCUGCGAUCGGUGUCGUGCGACGGCGGGGGUUUGUUGUUGGAGAAGCAUCUCGGCGCGGCGUUUCUGCUGAGCAGUGGCUUCUUCCUGGCGCCGUUGGAGGGCGAGAUUUUGGCGCUCCUCUUUGGUGAGGAAGACCGGCUUCUUUGA